GAAAUUAACGUGCUGUUGGAAGUGGAAGAGAAUUGAAAUCGCGCGCUGCUGCUCCAUUCGCUUGUUUUCAUGCCAAAGUCCAUGGCUGGAUCGCUCAAUUAAUCGUCUGGAACUGGACGGAUUAGCUCGGCGACACCAUUAACCAGUGGGUUCCUCUCAUGCCCAGGGAUUUUCUUCGGCUCGAAUUCUGGAAAUACUGAGCCACUGAGCCGUCAUAACCGACGCCACGCCCACUCCGGGGCCCCGAGAUCUCCGGUUUCGAGCUAGUGACGCCAACGUGGUCGGCCGCCGUCGUCAUCAACGUCGUCGUUUCAGUCGAACUGCGAGGUUAUUUAAUGUUGGCCACAAGUCUUCUGGCUCGCAGAAACGUUCUAAACCUGCCGGCGUUCAAUUCAUGGCGGUCGCGUCUCCGCAUCGAUAGACACCGCCCAUCAUCCACGGUAGCCCCCAGAAUCCCACUAAAGGAGGUUCCACAGCCAAAAUUUACCCGAACCUACACCGCUUCCAAAGCCAUGGAUACCCCUGCGGAUGUGUUCCGCGGCAUUACGGAUCGCUUUGCCGGAGUCACAGUUGAUGGUCGCGAGGAGAAGGCGGAUAAAGACAGCUUCCGGGACAAACUAAAGAAAUCCCUGGACUUUUGGACAACGAAUAAGAACCGGGCGAUUUGGUUCCGUGUGUACCAGGAGCAGGCCGACUGGGUGCCCGUUCUGGCGGAGAACGGCUUCGACUUCCAUCAUGCACGAACUGGCGUGGUGACCAUGUACCGCUGGUUGCCGGAGAACGAGUCCAACAACCUGCCCAACUACGCACACACACUGAUGGGCGUCGGCGGGCUCGUGAUCAACGAUAAGGACGAGGUCCUGGUGGUGUCCGAUCGGUAUGCAAUGAUACCCAACAGCUGGAAGCUGCCCGGCGGCUAUGUGGAGCCGCGGGAGAAUCUCAUCGAUGCGGCAAUCCGGGAGGUGGACGAGGAGACGGGAAUCCGGACCGAGUUCCGGUCGGUGGUCAGUCUGCGGCAUGCGCACGGCGGCACCUUCGGCUGCUCCGAUCUCUAUGUGGUCAUUGCGCUAAAGCCCCUCAAUUUGGACUUCAAGCGGUGCGAAAGGGAGAUUGCGCGACUUCAGUGGAUGCCCAUCGCGGAGUAUCUGGAGCAUCCGCAGGUGCACCAGACGAACCGGCAGUUCGUCACCACGUUUCUGGACUACGAGAAGCGCGGCCUGACCAUCACCUGUCGCGACGAUGUCCACCAGGUGCUCAAGAAGAAGUACAAUCUGUAUUACGUGGAGCGGGAGCAGCAGCAGCAGAAUGAUCAGGAGAACUCGUGAGAGUUGACGGUCCAGUGGCAAAAUCCUUAGUGCAAUUUCAAAUUAAGUUUCUUUUCGCCAACACGGCAGCUGCACAAGUGCACAUUGAAAUGUUCAUAAUGUAGUUAAAUAAAAGCUAUUUUUUUUAUAUAUGUAUUUACAAUAUCACACGACC